AUCGGGGCGCCCCCCUCCCCGAGCUGCGUGCUCCACGGCCCGGUGCCGGGAGAGGGCGGGCGCCGAGGGUCUCGCCCGCAGGACUCAGACGCCGGCUCCUGAGCCCUUCUGGCCACCGCGGGGCUGAGGAAGGGCUGCCUCGGUUUUCCCUGGGGGGUCCCGGGAUCUGAAUGGAAGGCCAUGACACGUGCACGCAGCAAGCUUUCCAAGCCCAGAGGAGCCAGCUGGUGGGGCUGCUGGGCUCGGGGUCCCUGGAGGCCUUCGAGAGCGUCCUGGACUGGCUGCUCUCCUGGGACGUGCUGUCCUGGGAGGAAUAUGAGGGCCUGCACGUCCUGGGCCAGUCCCUCUCCCACUCGGCCAGGCGCCUCCUGGACACCGUGUGGAACAAAGGUGCUUGGGGCUGCGAGCAGCUCCUGGCGGCGGUGCAGGAGGCGCAGGCUGACGGCCGGUCCCCUGAGCUGCAUGGCCACUGGGACCCCCACUCUCCCCACCCGGCCCGGGACCUGCAGUGCCACCGGCCAGCCAUCGUCCGGAGACUCUACAGCCACGUGGAGGGCGUGCUGGACCUGGCGCAGGCGCGGGGCUUCCUCAGCCCAUACGAAUGUGACGAAAUCAGGCUGCCCAUCUUCACGUCAUCCCAGCGGGCGCGGAGGCUCCUGGAUCUGGCCACGGUGAAGGCCAACGGGCUGGCCGCCUUCCUCCUACAGCACGUGCAGGAGCUGCCGGUCCCGCUGGCCCUCUCUCUCGAAGACGCCGCGUGUCGGAAGUACACGUCCAAGCUGCGGACCACGGUCUCGGCCCAGUCGCGCUUCCUGAGCUCCUACGACGGGGCGGAGAACCUGCGCCUGGAGGACAUCUACACGGAGAACGUGCUGGAGCUGCGGACGGAGGCGGGCGCCCCGCAGACCAGCCCUGCCCCCCCGGGCCUGGACGCCCUCUUCCGCUCCGGGAGCCCCCGCAACGCCGACGCGGACACCGUGCUGGUGGUGGGCGAGGCGGGCAGCGGCAAGAGCACGCUCCUGCAGCGGCUGCACCUGCUGUGGGCGUCGGGGCGGGACUUCCAGGACUUCCUCUUCGUCUUCCCCUUCAGCUGCCGGCAGCUGCAGCGGCUGGCCAAGCCCCUGUCCGUGCGGGCGCUGCUCUUCGAGCACUGCUGCUGGCCCGACCUCGGCCAGGAGGAAGUCUUCCGGUUCCUCCUCGCCCACCCCGAGCGCGUCCUCCUCACCUUCGACGGCUUUGACGAGUUCAGGUUCAGGUUCACGGACGGCGAGCGGCACUGCUCCCCGACCGCGCCCACGUCGGUGCAGAACCUGCUCUUCAACCUCCUGCAGGGCAACCUGCUCAAGAACGCCCGCAAGCUGCUGACCAGCCGCCCGGACGCCGUGUCCGCCGGCCUCCGCCGGUACGUGCGGACCGAGCUCCACCUCAGGGGCUUCUCGGAGGACGGCAUCGAGCUGUACCUGCGGAAGCGCCACCGCGAGCCGGGCCUGGCCGACCGCCUCGUCCGCCUGCUCAGGGCCACCUCGGCCCUGCACGGCUUGUGCCACCUGCCCGUCUUUGCCUGGAUGGUGUCCAAAUGCCACCAGGAGCUGCUGCUGCAGGACGGGGGGUCCCCAAGGACCACCACGGACAUGUACCUGCUGAUCCUGCAGCAUUUCCUGCUCCACGCCUCCCCACCGGACGCGGCCCCCCACGGCCCGGGGCCCGGCCUGCUCCGAGGCAGGCUCCCCACCCUCCUGCACCUGGGCCGCCUGGCUCUCUGGGGCCUGGGCGUGAGCUGCUACGUGUUCUCGGCCCAGCAGCUCCAGGCGGCGCACGUGGACGGGGCGGACGUUUCCCUCGGCUUCCUGGUGCAUGCCAAAAGCGCGGCGCCCGGGAGCCCGCCGCCCCUGGAGUUCCUGCACAUCACCUUCCAGUGCUUCUUUGCCGCCUUCUACCUGGUGCUCAGCGCCGACGUGAGGCCCUCCUCGCUCAGACACCUCUUCAACUGCCGCCCGACGGGGAGCUCGCCGCUGGCCCGGCUGCUGCCCGCGCUGUGCGUGCAGGGCCCGCCGCGCGAGGAGGGCGGCGUGGAGGCUUGGCUGCAGCAGGCCGAGCCGCACAACCUCCAGAUCACGGCUGCCUUCCUGGCCGGGCUGCUGUCCAGGGAGCACCGGGGCCUGCUGGCCGAGUGCCAGGCGUCCGAGAAGGCCCUGCUGCGGCGCCAGGCCUGUGCCCGCCGGUGUCUGGCCCGCAGCCUCCGCAAGCACUUCUGCUCCAUCCCGCCGGCCCUGCCGGGCGAGGCCAAGAGCAUGCACGCCCUGCCCGGCUUCCUCUGGCUCGUCCGCAGCCUGUACGAGCUGCGGGAGGAGCGGCUGGCGCGCAAGGCUGUGCGGGGCCUGGACGUGGGGCACCUCAAGCUGACCUUCUGCAGCGUGGGCCCUGCCGAGUGCGCCGCCCUGGCCUUCGUGCUGCGCCACCUCCGGCGGCCCGUGGCCCUGCAGCUGGACCACAACUCGGUGGGCGACGUUGGUGUGGAGCAGCUGCUGCCCUGCCUGGGCGUCUGCAAGGCUCUGUACCUGAGAGAUAAUAACAUCUCGGACCGCGGCAUGUGCACGCUCGCCGAGCACGCCCUGCGCUGUGAGGAGCUGCAGAAGCUCGCUUUAUUCAACAACAAGCUGACGGACGGCUGUGCCCAGGCCCUGGCGCGGCUCCUGGAGUGCCGGCAGAACUUCCUGGCACUGAGGCUGGGGAAUAACCACAUCACGGAGGCGGGGGCCCAGGUGCUGGCCCGGGGGCUCAGGGCCAACACGUCGCUGCAGUUCCUGGGGUUCUGGGGCAACGAGGUGGGGGACAAGGGGGCGCAGGCCUUGGCGGAAGCCCUGGGCGACCACCAGAGCUUGCGGUGGCUCAGCCUGGUGGGGAACCGCAUUGGCAGUGUGGGUGCCCGAGCCUUAGCCUCGAUGCUGGAGAAGAACAUGGCACUGGAGGAACUCUGCCUGGAGGAGAACCAGCUUGGAGACGAAGGGGUCUGCUCUCUCGCCGAGGGGCUCAGGAGAAAUCCCAGCUUGAAAGUCCUCAAGCUGUCCAACAACUGCGUCACCUACCGAGGCGCGGAAGCCCUCCUGCGGGCCCUGGAAAGGAAUGACACCGUCCGGGAAGUCUGGCUCCGGGGAAACGCCUUCUCUCCGGAGGAAAUGGAGACGCUGGGCCACAGGGACGCCAGGCUCCUGCUGUGAUGUCUCCGGCCCUCGGAUCCCCUCGGUGUGUGUGAGAGCCGCCGGCCGGGCCCCAGGGGCUGGAUGACACCUGCGGCCGCCCGCCCGCCCGCCCGCCCGGAUGGAGCCCUGUCCUGCCCAGGCCAGCUCAGCAGUGACCUUUGUUCUGGCACAGAAGGGGCAUCAGUGCCCUCGGAGUGGACGUCUCCACGGUCCCCGUGGCCACCGAGUUCUUCCCACGCUUCUCGGCCGCAGAGAGGAGCAGCCCCUCCGUGUGGCGGGGCGGCCUCCGGCGGAUGCAGUGCGUCAGGGGCCCACGAAGGCUACCGAGAGCCUAGUGGUGGGGAGCUGGAUCCCCGUGAGAAGCCCCUUCCCACGCCUCUCACAAUGGGGGCCGGGGGUGUUCAGGGAGAAACUCUCUUUUUUGGUAUAUGUUGUUGUUGAUUAAAGAGAGAGGAAGGGAGGGGAGAGAGAUAGAAGCAUCAGUGAUGAGAGAGAAUCAUGGAUCAGCUGCCUCCUGCACGCCCCACACUGGGGAUCGAGCCCACAACCCGGGCCUGUGCCCUGACGGGGAUUCGAACCGUGACCUCCUGGGUCAUAGGUCGACGCUCAACCCCUGAGCCAUGAGGGCCGGGCAGGAAGGAACUUUCUGCCGUGGGUCAACCACCCAGGCUGCUCCCCCAUCCGGUCCCCCCGCCCUCCCUGGAUGCGCACGUGGCAUUUCCUCUGGGGCUGAGGGCUGCGGAGUCAGUGUCCUCCGCUUUGCUAUCCUCACCUCCCGGCCCCACCAUGGGAGGGGCUGCCACUCCUUUCGGGUCCUUAAGACGCUAAUGGAGGGGACACACGACAGCUACUGAGUCCCCGGGAUUGUCUAGAUCUGCGAGAAGAAUGUGACCCCACGGCAGCUGGUGCCACACGUGGACUUUCAUUUCCUGUGACGCCAGUUCCUCCAGGGAAGCCGGUGGCAUCACCUCGCCAUCCAGAGGCAGCUUUGAAAGAAUCCGUCCGCGCCAGGAUUUGGAACGCCCUCCCCAGGUCUCCCUCCGGGGGCUGCCUGUGAGCUGGACUCGGAGAGCAGACUCCCAACUCUCCUCCUAAGAGACGAUUGAUUUUUAAAAUAAUUGAUUUCAGAGAGGAAGGAAGAGGGAGAGAGAGAGAGAAACAUCAAUGAUGAGAAUCAUUCAUCGGCUGCCUCUUGCACGCCCCCUACUGGGGGCACAGCGCAACCGGACAUGUGCCUGCCUGGGAAUGGAGCUGGUGACCUCUUGGUUCCUGGGUCAGCGCUCAACCACUGAGCCACACCGGCUGGGCGAGGCCAUUGGUUUUUGCCAGAUGCUCCGGGAUGUAAAGUCGAGGAUGAAAAGUUUACAGAAGCAACACCAGAGGCCCUUCCUCACCAAGCCGACGCCUUCCGGGGUUUCCCGAAGGGCGCACAGAGCCUUUGUGAACCUGCAGGUGCCGUGCACGCGUGAUUGUGCUCAACAGCGUUGCUCGUGGAAACUGGUUACUAUUUAUAAACCUCUUUAUUUUAUUCUCCCAA